CGUUACACCAUACCCAUACAUUGUCAUGAUAUCUCUCUCAACACGUUGCAAUCAAUCAAUCCCUCUAAUACUUCUUCUUUUUUGACAAUUUCAAUCAAGCCAAAAUACAAAAACUGUUCCUAUUUGUUUCUAGUGAAUCUUCUCUAUCUAUCCACAUUCACUUGUUUGUUACAUAAUAAUGUAUAACAAGUUUAUAAAAUCUUUACUUCUUUAGGAGUACUGAGUUUAAUUUGAUCAAAAGAAAAGAAAGAAACCAUGUCGAGUAGUACUGCUGGUCUUGUAAUUCCCUGUAAAGCGGCGGUGGCAUGGGAGGCAGGGAAGCCUUUAGUGAUUGAGAUUGUUGAGGUUGCUCCACCACAAGCCAUGGAAGUUAGGAUCAAAGUUAAAUACACUUCACUUUGUCAUACUGAUCUUUACUUUUGGGAAGCCAAGGGCCAAACACCAUUGUUUCCUCGCAUAUUUGGUCAUGAAGCAUCUGGAAUUGUGGAGAGUGUUGGGGAAGGGGUUAGGGACUUGAAGGAAGGAGAUCAUGUGCUUCCAGUGUUCACAGGAGAAUGUGGGGAAUGUGGGCACUGCAAAUCUGAGGAAAGCAAUAUGUGUGAUCUUCUUAGAAUCAAUACAGAUAGAGGAGUUAUGCUUAGUGAUGGAAAAUCAAGAUUUUCCAUUAAUGGAACUCCUAUAAGUCAUUUUCUAGGCACAUCAACUUUUAGUGAAUACACUGUUGUUCAUGCUGGUUGUCUAGCCAAGAUCAACCCUUUGGCACCUUUGGACAAAGUUUGUAUUCUCAGUUGUGGCAUCUCCACAGGAUUGGGUGCAACUUUGAAUGUGGCAAAACCGAAGAAAGGAUCCACAGUUGCAGUGUUUGGACUUGGAGCAGUUGGCUUGGCUGCUGCUGAGGGAGCAAGAAUUGCUGGGGCAUCAAGGAUUAUAGGGAUUGAUUUGAACCCUUCAAGGUUUGAAGAAGCUAGAAAAUUUGGUAUAAACGAGUUUGUGAACCCGAAAGACCAUGACAGACCAGUACAAGAGGUAAUUGCAGAAAUAACUCAUGGUGGUGUUGAUAGGAGCAUAGAGUGUACCGGCAACAUUAACGCCAUGAUCUCUGCUUUUGAAUGUGUUCAUGAUGGAUGGGGAGUGGCUGUGCUUGUGGGAGUGCCCAACAAGGAUGCUGUGUUCAUGACCAAACCGAUUAAUGUUCUCAAUGAAAGGACACUUAAAGGAACUUUCUUUGGGAAUUACAAGCCUCGAACCGACCUUCCUUCGGUUGUUGAUAUGUACAUGAGCAAGAAACUGCAAUUGGAGAAGUUCAUAACCCAUCAAUUACCUUUCUCAGAGAUCAAUAAGGCUUUUGAGUACAUGUUAAAGGGAGAAGGACUGAGGUGUAUCAUUAACAUGGAAGAGUAAAUCGAAAUUUUAACAAAUAAAUUAUGAGUUUUAUGUGUAUUAUUUUCUUGCCUAGAAAAAACAUGUAAUAAGAAGCCUCUUGUUUAACUUGAAAUGAAAAUAAAAGCUCAAUUCCAAGGCA